CAAAUGUCAGAGAGACAGACGAUUCGUAGUUUCACAUUUGAAGAGUUCCAAAACAAUGUAUACAUGUGCCUGAUGAGGAGAUGUAGUGUUUUUGGCUCUUCACAUGUGCACUGAUCCUCACCACUAGACCAACAGAGAUGGAAACUCAAAGAGUAGACCUUGAUCAACCAAUUUGGAACCUGAGCACUUUUACUGGGAGACUUCAGUAUUAUGCAUGGAUUACCAAUCCAUUGCUCAGCAUCCAAUCAGAGUCCACUCUCUUCUCUGCCAAGGACCUUGUCCAGAAAUACAGAGCAGGGACGGAACCCCCAGGAACGACAGUGACCCAGAUACGACGUGCCCAGCAGCUGUACCUGUCUGCUUUCCAUCCUGACACAGGAGAGCUCCAGAAUGUCAUUGGGAGGAUGUCCUUCCAAGUCCCUGGGGGCAUGGUCCUCAUUGGAGCCAUGACCACUUUCUACAGGAGUAACAUAGCAGUGAUUUUCUGGCAGUGGGCUAACCAGUCGUUCAAUGCACUGGUAAACUACACCAAUAGAAAUGCGGCAGCUGACAUUUCUAAAAAACAGCUAGGAUUUGCCUACAUCUCUGCCACUUCAUGUGCUCUUGUAACAGCCCUGGGAUUGAAAGCAGUUUUAAGUCAGAGAGCAUCUCCAAUCCUUCAGCGCUUUGUGCCAUUUGCUGCAGUUUGUGCAUCUAAUAUGGUGAAUAUUCCCCUGAUGAGACAGAGUGAAAUUCAAAAUGGAGUAGUAGUCACAGACGAAGAUAACAAUCCUGUAACAAAGUCAAAGUAUGCAGCUUUUAAAGGAAUUGGCCAAGUCGUUUUUUCAAGAAUUGUCAUUUGUUCUCCAAGUAUGGUGUUACUACCUUUUUUGAUGGAAAAGUUAGAGAAAACGGCUUUCAUGGUGCGAUACGGUCGUUAUGUUAAUGCACCUUUCCAAAUUCUGCUCUCUGGGCUAAGUUUGGUGGUAAUGGUUCCUGUGGGUUGUGCUCUCUUCAAUCAAAGAUGCUCCAUCACAGUAGACAAGCUGAAAAUAAUAGACUCUGAGGCCUACGAAGAAGUCAAAUCCAAAUAUGGUGAUAAUAUACCAAAGAAGCUGUACUUUAACAAAGGGUUAUAAUCAGGGUAUUGGAUUAUUCCAAUAAUUACUCAAAUCAUGUACGUGUAUAUUGUAUGUUUAUUGUGAUAAGGCUUAGUUUCUUAGACAUUUUAACAGCUAGGUCAAAUACUGCUGAAAUAAUGAUUUUUUUUGGAGGGGGACUGUUUCAGGAAAAGAUAAAACAUUGUAUUUUUAUGAAUUUUGACAUGCCCAAGUCUAUUUUUAAUUACUCUACCAUAGAUUUUUUAAAGGAUAAUUUUACAGUAACUUCACAAAGCGAGAAAUUAUACCCUUUGUUUAAAAGAAAAUUAAAGGUAAACAUUAUGUAGAUAAUAUUUUAGCUGCAUAAAUCGUAUCUUUUUACCAGAGAAACUAAACAUUUUCUUUGGCCUCAAAAGAUUUUCUCUCAAGACUAAGUGUGUUCAUGUGUAUGUCAGUUGUUUGGAUCAUGAAUGAUUUGGAUUUCCCUUGUAUUUGUGUUUUGAAUUUCUGCUGAUUAGGUGACAAAGUAAUUGAAGCUAUGAAAGGCUAAAAGUCAUGGAGUACUUGUAUAUUUGUUUUAACUAUAAAUUUAUGAUUUUUUUCUUUUUUUCAAUUUACAUGCAAAAUCAGAUCUACAAUAUAUUUUUACAAUGAGAAGUCAUGCUUUACAAAUGAAUGUGACAUUUGUAUAAAUUUUAUAUACUGGUAUACCCUUUAAGUGUACACCUGUAGCUAUGCUAAGUAACCAAUUUAUGGAAGAUGUGUUUCUGCUGUAUGCAUUUUGUUAAAAGAAAAUUUGUUCACAAUAAAUCUAUUAAUGAAAAAGUGAAAUGACUCAUUUAUUAGUACUAGCACAUUUGUAUUUGUAUUGGAUCCUGAAUAAACUGUCCUAUAAAGCACAAACAGGCAAAAUUCAUGUUGACAUCUUUAUUUGGUUGUACAUACAUGUACCACAUAACAAAAAAAUAUGAUAGUCAUUUUACAUCAUAAGCAGGGAAUCUGUGGAAAAAAUGACAAUUGAUUGUUUCAUAAAAUGACUGAUGUUUAGAAAAGAAUUGACUGUCCACUACUAAAUAUUAAAACUAUACACACAUCAAUCAGGUAGUAAUGUUCUUGAUGACAAUGUAUUUGUUUCCCAGUCUCGACAGCUAUCUGUGGAGACUGAGA